AUGUCGCGGCUUGCCGAUUACUUCGUCAUUGUCGGUUACGAUCACGAGAAAGAGCGAACCGGCUCGAGGACGGGAAAGAUUCUACAGAGAUUUCCCGAGAAAGACUGGCCCGACACACCGUUCAUCGAAGGAAUAGAAUGGUUCUGUCAACCACAAGGCUGGGCCUUGUCGACCGUGCGCCAGGAGCCACAGUUUUUCGUGUCGGUACUAACCGACAUGGACGGUAAUCGGCACUACUGUGCCUGCUUGUGUUUCAACGAAACGAUUGCCAUCACACCCAGCAAACCGAUCGAUGAGGAGGAAGAGGACGAUAAUCUGUCUCCGUCGGCCAGCGCAGCGGUACUGUCCAGUGGUCCGCCGUCGAUCACUCACCACAGCAUCAUGUAUGCCCCGAAGUGUCUCGUAAUCGUGUCGCGGCUCGAGUACAUUGAAGCGUUCCGUAACUGCCUCGGCACCAUCUACACCGUGUACUUGGAGAGCCUCAAGUUUCAGCUCCACUACCUGAUCGGGAGCAUCCUCGGUUGUAUUCAGGUCCCACCACCCGGUGGCCCACCCGUACGCUUUUCGAUCGGGGCCGGCGAUAAACAGAUCCUGCAGCCACCGCUCUCCAACACUCUGCCGGUGACCGGUUCCUGUGUCAGUUUGUUGUUUCAUCAGCUCGGCAUCAAGAACGUGAUGUUGCUGUUCUGUGCGGUAAUGACCGAGCACAAGAUCCUGUUUCACUCGACGAGCUACACACGACUAACGGAUAGCUGUCGGGCACUGACUGCCCUGAUGUAUCCGUUUCGCUACAGUUUAGUGUACAUUCCGAUACUGCCUGCGUCGCUGCUUGAAGUACUGUCGAUGCCAACGACGUUCAUCAUGGGCAUUCAUAGCUCGUUGCGGAGUGAGAUCAGUGAAAUUUUGGACGUGAUCGUAGCCGAUCUCGAUGGUGGAUCGAUACACAUUCCGGAAUCGUUGGUACCGCCCGUCGCCCGACUUCCGGCCUCGCUGUGGGAUGCGACGGAAAACGCGUUGCGUACGGUACUGCACCCAGAGCUGGCGCUGGCUGAUUUGGCCUUUCCCUCCGCGAUACAGUUCUUCCGGGAGCAGCGAAACGACGUGAUGCUCGAUAAGGAGAUCCGGGCCGUGUUUAUGCGCCUUUUUGCGCAGCUGCUCCAGGGCUAUCGGUCCUACCUCACGUUGAUACGUAUCAACCCGAAACCGAUCAUCCAGUUCCAUCGAGCCGGCUUUUUGGGGGCUCGUGAGCUAGUGGAUUGCGAAUUUUUGUCCCGCGUCCUCGACAGCAUGUUCUUUACCGGGUUCGUGACGGAACGGGGACCACCGUGGCGGGCGUGUGACGCUUGGGACGAACUGUACAGUACGAUGAACGAUUUGCUCAAAACGGAAGCGAACGAUGGGUCGCUGGUGCUGAUACACAUCCAGGAACUGGCCCGGCAGCUGUUUACAAACGAGUUCCCCAACCCGCAACCGUUUCAGCAGAAAGUGUUACGACCCCCCGAGGGGGCCUUUGCUCGAAUCCACCAACCGCCGAUGCCACUGAUUGAUGCUCAGGACGUGCAGUGCGUGAUCGACGAUGGGUUGAAGGCGAACGAUCUGCAAUCUCGUAUGCAGCCUGUGCGGGUAAAGUUACGGAUCGUCCCGAUGGGCCCUUAUCUGAAACCGGCCCCACAGGAGAUGCGGCCGAUCGUUAAUAACAGUGCACGGAAACUCGAGGUGCUGCGGAACUGUAUUAGUUGCAUUUUCGAUAACAAAAUCACCGAAGCCCGUAAAAGCUUUCCAGCCGUUCUGCGGAUACUGAAGCAGCGGGAAGCGCGCCUCACGAUGUGCCGCGAGCUGGCAAAGAUCGCCCACGGGAACAAACAGCUCGAUCACCAGCAGUUCGACCUCGUGAUCAAGCUCAUGAACCGCGCGUUGCAGGAUGACUCGGUGAAGGAUGAGUACGGUGUGGCGGCAGCCUUGUUGCCCCUUUCGUCCCUCUUCUGCCGCAAGCUGUGCACCGGAGUGAUACAGUUUGCGUACACCUGCAUCCAGGACCAUCCGGUGUGGAAAUCGCAACAGUUCUGGGAAGACGCUUACUAUCAGGAGGUACAGACAGCGAUCAAGGAGCUCUACCUGCCGCUAGCGAACUGUUCGCGGGACAAAGUUUCGAUGCUGUCUCGUGCGCAGGAACCUUCGGCACUGGAGAUCGCGGCAGAUCAGAUGCGCGAGUGGGUCGCCAUGGACAGCGUUGGGCAGCAGGAGCUGAUCAACAAGGAAGAGAGCACCCUCUACAGUCACGCUAUUUACUAUGCCAACCGGAUGGUGUACCUGUUGGUGCCGCAAGAUGUCGGCGGGUUGGUUGGUGGCCGGGCGCCACGGGCCGACGGUCAUCGUGCGGAGGACGAUACGAGCGUUUCGAACAGUGUGAUCGAAUCGCGGAGCCACAACAGCGAUCGGAACAGUGACGAAGGGUUCGAAGAGCAGCACGACCCGGGCGAAACGGGUAGCGCGGUAGCGAAGAUGGUGUGCAAGUUUAUCGAUCGCGUGUGCACGGAAGGUAACGUGACGGCGGAACAUGUUCGCAAUCUGCACCAGAUGGUGCCGGUCACGAUUCAGAUGCACAUCGAAACGCUUGAGGCGGUGGCACGGGAAGCGAAGCGUAUCCCGCCGAUUCAGAAGCCGAAGCUGCAGUACCCGGUGCUGCUGCAGGAGGAGAAGAUUAUUGGGGAACUGCGGGCGUACUUGUUGGCGGACGGGCGCGAAGAUAAGGAAGGUGGUGGAAGUGGCACACUGUUGCCUGCGGAAGGCGCCCUUUUCUUGACCAACUAUCGGAUCGUUUUCCGAGGCUCGCCGUGUGAUUCGUACUCGUGCGAACAGAGUGUCGUGCGAGCGUUUCCGAUCUCUUCGCUGACGAAAGAGAAGCGCCUCACGGUCAUCUACCUGCAGCACCUGGAACAGGUGCUGCCGGAGGGUAUGCAGCUACGCUCCGGGACAUUCCAGCUGAUCAAGGUAGCGUUCGACGAGGAGGUACCGCAGGAGCAGGUUGAAGCGUUCCGGAAAGCGGUGCACAAGAUGCGCCAUCCGGAGGAUGAACUUGGCCACUUUGCUUUUGCCACGCACGGACUGGGACUGCACGUUGGGCUGGCCGGUGGCCACAAGGUGAAGGAGAAAAAUGCCACGUUGAAGGACUUUGCGAAGAAAACUCUCCUUCGGACGGCGAAGAAGGCCGGUUUCAAGCAGAAAAGUGGCGCCACGAAACGAAAGUACAUUCUACCCGCCGUUGGAGGUGGCGGUUUGAGCGAACAAAACAACAACAGCCACCUGAUGCUCGACGAUGAGAACGUGUCGGAUGAAGGCAACGAUACGCUGCCCCGGGUGCAAGUGAAGGACGUGGAGCGACUAAAGGAGCGUAGCUACGUGCGGGACUGGUUACGACUGGGAUUGGGCGACGUGCAGACGACCGGCUACCGGAUCAGUGCGGUCAACAGCAACUAUAGCGUGUGUCGCACGUACCCAGCGAUGAUGGUGUGCCCGAAGGAGAUGUCGGAUGAUGCGUUACGCUGUAUGGCCCGGUGCUACAAACAGCACCGGAUACCGGUGGCCACCUGGAGGCACCGGAAUGGGGCCACCUUACUCCGUGGUGCCGUUCCGCAGGCGAAGGGCGUGAUGGGAAUGAUGCUCAAGGGGCACCCGGGCUCGGCAAACACGUCGACCGAAUCGACGAGCUUCCAGGAGCAGGAUCGCUACUUUGUUCAGGUGAUCAAAAUGACGCCACACACGCGUACCAUUCGCCACCAAACGUGGGGUUUGUCGGACUCGAAUAUUUCGCUCGACUCGUUGGCCCUCGCUGCGAGUAAUUUGAUGAGCCGCUCGGAUAUGUCCACCCUAACCCCGGACAUUGCACGCAAGCAGCAGCACCACGGUGAAAGUGGUGGUGGUGGCGGCGGCGGUGGAGCUGGAGGAGGUAGUUCGGGUGGCGGAGGUCAAUCGCAGCCCCAUUACACCUUUCAACGCGUUCCGUUGUACUUUUUGGGCGAAAAAUCACAGUCAAAAUCGGCCAAACUGUCGGAAAUGUACGCCGAGUUCAUUCCGGUCGACUACACGGACGUGCGGCAUUCGCGUACCGCGUUCAAGAAGCUAAUGCGGGCUUGCCUACCAUCGUGCGAUACGAACGAACCGGAUCAGACGUUUGCGAAGCUCAUCGAGCAGUCGGAUUGGUUGCAGCAGAUCCGUGGAUUAUUGCAGCUCUCUGGGGCCGUGGUCGAUUUGAUGGAUCUGCAAGAGUCGAGCGUUACGCUGGCACUCGAGGAUGGAUGGGAUGUUACGGCACAGAUUUCAUCACUGGCGCAGCUCUGCCUGGAUCCGUACUAUCGCACGAUCGAGGGCUUUCGGGUACUGAUCGAAAAGGAGUGGCUCGCGUUCGGGCACCGGUUUGGCCAUCGGAGCAACUUGAAGCCCAACAGCAGCUCAGGGUCCCCGUUUGCGCCCACCUUUCUCCAGUUUCUCGAUGCAGUCCAGCAGAUACAGCAGCAGUUUCCGCUGGCGUUCGAAUUUAACGAGUUCUACCUGCGCUUUCUGGCGUACCACCACGUGUCGUGCCGGUUCCGGACGUUCCUGUUCGACUGCGAACUAGAGCGGGUCGAGUUUGGUAUAACGGCGAUCGACGAUAAGCGCGGAUCACUCAACUCGCACCACAAACACGUAGUCGAAACGCUCACGAUCUCCGACGACGACAACCACAUCUACCCGGGCAUGGUGGUAACCCGCGCGGUUGGCGGGCGGGCGAAUUCCAACACGCAAAAGUUUGGUCCUUCGCUGUUCGACUACAUCGAACGGCAGCAUGCCAAGUCGCCGAUGUUCUACAACUUCAUGUUCACCCCGGACCCGGAGCGGACUGUGCUCCGGCCGCAGAGCGCUAUCUCGGUGCUGGAGAUCUGGUCAUACUACUUGGGCGAGGAACUUGCCCAAGGGCCACCGUACGAUCCCGAUACGACAACGGCCAUUUCGGGCCCACUCGGUGCCAUGAUGCGACAACCGCGACGAAGGGUGGUCACGGUGAACUAUGACAGUCUUAGUCGGUACGAGGCGGAUGCAUUCACGAAGCUGCUCGAGGAACUAAAAGCGGCGGAAGCCGAACGGGGACUGUUGCCACAAAAGUGGCGCCAGGUGUGGGAUAAGUUGGAGUUACCGCAUUCCGACUCUUUGACCAGGCACGCCUCAUUCAGCAGUGCCCUGGUGCGUUCGCACGGGCGAUUACUUCACAAGCGCUCGACACUCGAAAUUCUCAUGCGCGGCCGGCAAGCUGGUUUCCAUCAGGAGAACUUCCUGCAUCCGCAUCGCUUCGAGAAGCAUGUCUACUCCGCACCGAUCAACUGCAACCAUUGCGGCAACGUUCUGUGGGGUCCUCUAUUGAAUGGUUUAAGAUGCGUUGACUGUGGCAACACGUAUCACGAAAAGUGUGCGGAAUCGGUUCCUAAAAACUGUACCAAAUACAAGGCCGUCGAGGGCGGCAACCAGCCGACUCUGGCACGAACGCAGGGCGAUAAUAAUAGCGUGUCCUCGAGCGUCAACACUACUAACACCAACAGUCAACACUACUACGAGCAGUACGAUAGCAAGGUGGCCGAUGAUCGCACACAUGAAGGCUAUCUGUACAAACGCGGGGCCAUCCUCAAGAACUGGAAACAACGCUGGUUCGUGCUGGAUUCCCACAAACACCAGCUGCGAUACUACGACACGAUGGAUGAUUGUAGCUGUAAAGGAUACAUUGAACUCGCAGAAGUGCAAUCCGUCGCUCAAGCCCCACCGCAAACUGCACCAGCGCCCUCAAAGAAGGUCGAUGAUCGUGCAUUUUUCGAUCUCAAAACCAGCCGCCGUACGUACAACUUCUACGCACAGGAAGCUUCCAGUGCACAGGAGUGGAUCGAAAAGAUUCAAGCCUGCUUGCAGUAA